CUAAAGUUGCAAUGCCCCGGGGGUAAUAAUAUAAUAACACAUAAUUUGCAGAAUCACAGAUUCAACAAAUAAAUUAAAAUAAUUACGAACAAAUUACAUCCUGCGUUCGAAGCAGCCGGAAGGAAAACAAUGUCUGCACCAAGAAGAGCAGCCCCUCCUCCGCCUAGCCGGCCAGGUAAAUCAUAAUUUUUCUCAAUUUUAAACACUCUUUUCUUUUCCUAAAACAUUUCACUUCUUGUUAAGGACAAGUGCAAGUCGUUCGCGCCCUCUACAGAUACGAAGCUCAACAGGUUUGGUUCGAAAUCAUUGUCUUUUUAAGAUAUGCCACGAACAGGAAAUAGAUUUAACUUGAAAACAUCUUUGAAGAAUUUUUUUUUUAUUUCAAGUCGACGCUUGUUUUUUGUAGAAAGAUGAGCUAGCCUUCGAGGAAGGAGAUGUUUUAUAUAUUAUAGAUAAGGUUUGGUGUGGUUUGUGGCUAAUAAUUUACACUGGUUUUAUAGUUUGUCAGAUGACAUAUGUUGACAUUUGACUACUUAGUCAACUUGAUGUUUAAUUGUUUAUUAUUAACCCAUUGAGUUGCAUUGUGCCCUAGUUUCCUACUUGAUGUCUAGUGCCAGACGGUUUUAAUCGCCAAGGAGAGAGCGUUGGUGGCUUGGUGCUCAAUGGGUUAAUUUAAUUUAUUGUCUGAUCAUUUGAUAGUAUACAGACAAUCGAAUAAUCUUACAUUUUGAUAGUACACACAAUACAGACAAUCGAAUAAUUUGUUAGUACAUAUAAUCUAAUCAUUUUAUAGUACAGAUAAUCCAGACACAUAUGUCUUGUUGGAUUAUCACAAAAGAACCCCCCCCCCAGUGUGAGGGAUAAAAAUUACUAGAAAAACCUGCCAUAAAAACAGCCAACUCCUUUAUUUCUCUAGUCACAAGGUGAAUGGUGGCAAGCAAGAGUUCGAAACAAAGUUGGUUUGAUACCAUCAAAUUAUGGUACGAUGAUCAAAUUAGUGACUUGAAUAAGACAAUACGAAAUUCCAAUUUAAUUUAUAUCAUCCUAAUUAUAUCACUAUUGUUACAAAUUAUGUGUGCAAACAAUCAUAAAAAACCUUUGUGUAACAUUAUUUAUGCAUAUAUGUGGUAUAUAUUUUAUAGUUGAGGCUCACACAGAAGCAGUUGAAAAUCCACUUCACGAGGCUGCAAAGAGAGGUUUGAAUUUGCUUGUUAGCAUUGUGACUGGCGAAAUGCUUUUUUUUGCUUGACGUCAUUUAAAUUUGUUUUGUAGGAAAUGUGACGUUUUUGAAUGAAUGCCUGGGAAACAAAGUAUGGAUUUAAAGUAGAACUAUGUCUAUUUGAAUAUUCAUAUACUGGUGUUUUGAUCUUUUUACGAGUAUGUUGGGCCAGGCAAGCGGAAAAUUCUACGUGGCUGAGAACCGAAUGGCUGAAAUUAACCAUGGCUGAGAACCGAACCUGUGACCUUCGCAUUUUCAGAACAAUGCUAACAGGACCAAGUUGGGAAAAUUUGCUCACUUUUAGUGUUAACAACAUUUCAGAAUUUCUUCCUUCUCAGUUAUUACUCCUGCCAUUAUACUGUAAACACUCUUGGAUUGUAGCUUAUUCACUAUGAGUAGCUUAAGUUGAUAUCACAUAAUUAUAGUGCCCGCUACCCACCAUGUAUUUUGUGAAUGACCGCCGUGUCAUAUUUACAGGUAUCGGUCAAUGGGCUAGAUAAAGCAGGUUGUACGCCGCUGCAUUGGGCAGCACAGGGUGGCCAUACAGGUAUCGCGAAAACUUAUGCUCAACCAAAUAUAUAUUCAAAUGAUGUUUAUCACUAGUCUUAUAUUAUGCUUAAUUUUUUAUAAAAUUGUUUUCAGAAUGUGUUAGCAUACUGCUACAGCAAAACAGAAUUGAAAUAAAUAGUCAGGUAUUAAAAAACACACAUUAUACAGCCUCCCGUAUUCAGCAAGGAUGUCAAAACUUACUGUUCUAAAAACGUGGGCAAGGCCACUUAUUCGUGUCAUCAAAAUAGAUGUCACCUGAAAAAGUCAUAUUACAUAGUUACUCAUAAGUGAGCAUUUGAUGAAGAACUAAUUGCUACCAGUACACUUUACUGAAUGAAGCUCAUUAAUUUAUUUUCAUUUAAUUAAGAACAAACUUGGCGACACUCCGUUACACUCGGCCGCAUGGAAGGGACAUGCUGAUAUAGUGCAAAUGCUUUUAGACAAAGGUAAACUGUCAUGUUGGUACACACUGCAAAAACUGUAACCCUUUAAAUGGUAAUGCACCCCAAUGCAUCCUACGCUCUUUUAUUUUUUCUAAUGCCAGACAAUUGGAGAGAACACUGGUGUUAAAAAUGAACCAUUCUAAAAUAAGUCCCUAACUUAAAACCUGACACAUGUCUCUUUACAGUUUACAUAAAAUGAAACAUUUUACACAACCAUAAUUUGUUAAUUAAACACAAUUAUUUUUCAGGAGGUGAUACAAAAAUUAAAAACAAUGCUAAAAGAACUCCUUUCGAACUUGCUAAAGAUCCUGAAUGUGGUCGACUGUUAAGAGGAGCAAUAGGUAACUUAUAAUAUACUGCAUUUAGUAAAUGUAGAAUUUAUGAAGGUUUGGAUUGGGUUAUGUAUAGUUGAACAUUUAAUCAUGGGUGUCAGGUGUUGGGAUCGAAAGGUAACCAAAGUAAAGUAUUUUUGGUUGCCUGCAUGCUAAUAUUGCCCCCCACCUCAUAUUCUCCCUAAGGAACUGUUGACAUACCUAACUAAUUUCCAUGUGCCUUUUAGCUUCUGAUGCGAAUGAUGAUUAUGGAGAUGAAAACGACUCAGAUUAGAAUGAAAUAUCUAUAUGCAAUAAAAAAAAACUUGUAGAAAUGACAGGCUGAAUUAAUUGAUGUUUAUUGCUUGACAGGUGUGACACACUUGAUCAAGCACUAGGGUUAUGGCUGGAUAAAGUUUUGAUAUGGUUAAAGGAUGGUUAAAGAUAUUUCUAGCCCUUGGGCUAAAACAUGCAUAAGUACAAUCAAGUUCUGGGACUGGGUGACAUUUUGAACCUAUAUAGGAUUGAAGUUUUCAUCAAGUCUUGGAGCUCAAUAUAUAAUUUUGAACAAGUCUUGUUCGAAACUAUAUAUCGAGUCUUACAUACACUUUGAACAACAAGUCUGUGACUGGAUAAAGUUUUGAUGUUAAAAAGUUCUGGAACCAGAGUUUUAACAUGUCGCAACAAGAGUCAAAUAAUUUCAUUACAUCAUAGUUCUAUUUAUAUCACACUAAUUACAUCAUUCAUGGAUUGAAAUAGUACUAUAGUCUUGCUUUAUUUUUAAUUAUGAACUAAUGUAUGGUAAUAACAAACACUGUUUGUUCAAAAUG